GCUAGUCGGUUACAGUUAGCCGCUAAAUAUUUGCAAAAAUAAAGAAAUGCAAAAAAAAAACCAAAACCCGAGCCAAACGCAGGAGUCGCUCGGAAAGGGCAAAUGAUCCUUCGUUACGGACGUGAUGGCGAUGUAGUCAAUAUGGUGGUUCACCUACCACUUGGACAUGCACAGAGCAAUUUCGGAUGCAGCUCGACCGGGCUCGUCCCUGACCUGCCUGUUCGCACAACACAAGAGACGACCAGCGGUCUUGGCAUCUGGCCACAACCCGAUCGGUCGUCUUCCCUCGAGGUUCAGGAUUGGACAACAUGGCUUGUGCGAAAGAGUCCACCCGAGAUGACGAGGGAUCCAACAGCGCCGCUUGCGACAGCGGUUGGUCAGUUCGAAAUUGCGUCCGAGCAUGCCGAGACUGCGAUGGGUGGAGGGGAAGACGGACGAAGUCCUACCGAGGGCUGGAAGGGAGGCAACGUCGGCGUUGUCGAAGGCUGUCAAUGGAACGGCAACAGGGGACUGCUUGUAGGGAAAAUAUACCUCCUUGGGACCCCGCGUCAGUAUAAGGUAGGUACCUACUGGGGUACUUGCUUUACCUUGGGUACUUGGAACAGAAGAAGAGACAAAUGGUCCACGGCUGUCUGA